GGAGGGAGGGGAAUGAAUCUUUUCUGUGUGAGUCGCCAGUGCUCCCUCAGACUGCUCCUUACAACCUGUCCUUGACUUACUGUGCACAGACGAGACUGAGAGGAAGCUGCACUGCUCCCUCCUCCUCCUGUCACAUUCCUGUUUUGAUUCAUGUGAGCGGCAGCGGUCUGAAAACAUUUCACUGUGUGGCUGCUUCUUUCUACCUGUGGUGCUUCAGCAGACUGGUGAAGGGAGGAACGCUCGUCCUCGGCCGGUGGAGCUCUGAUGGGAGGCAGCGCUGACUCUGGCUGGGACUGGGGAUGCUGAACGGAGGGAGGGAGGGCCUGUUUGAGCUGGGACAGCAGCUCCAGCAGCAGGGGGAGUACCAGGCCGCCCUCCACUGCUUCCUCAGCUGCCUGCUGGGACUGACUCAUGUGCAGAGCUUCACCUCUCUGCCCAACUGCUUACACCAGAUUGCAGAACUCUUCAUCACUGAAAAGAAUUAUGGGAAGGCCCUCCAGUUCAUACAGGCUGAAAAAAUGUUCUAUGAAGUGGCAUUGAUCGAGCUCACCGCUCUUCAGGGGAGUACAGGGCCUCAAGAGGAGGCUACGCUGGGCUCCGUGGGAUGGACAACCCCAGAGGAACUUUCAGAGCAGGCCUCCCAGGCACAGCACCUCGAACGGCUGGCUCAGCUUUGCAUCAUGAGCAAACAACCUCAUCUUGCCCUAGAAUACAGCGGUAAGGCUACAAAGAUUCACCAGAGGGCCUUUGGAAAUGACCAUCCAAUUACAGCUAGAAGCCUUGAGCUCAUGGCAACCGUAUAUGCUGAAAUUGGCAAGACUGAAUAUUCAGACUCUCUGGGUCAGUGUGUGUCUGCACUGUCCAAACGUUUCGCUGCUGCAGAGUCUCUCAGAGACUCGGUCAGCUGUCUUCCUCAUUCCCACCGGGAGAAACACUCAGAGGUACGCCACAGAAAGGAUACCCACCACCAUCAGGAAGACACACUUAAACCUAAGUUAACCAACAGCAAAGUCCCCACCUCCAUCCUAAAGAAGCCAAGUUCCAACUACGGACUAGACACAGAACUCAACCACAAACGUAAAGGCGAGCGCAGAGUUCGAUUCAGGGAGCCUGAGACCACAGUGCACGCCUAUGAGACUACACCAUCCCGCCCCCACCUUGCCCUGUUCACCUGCCUCUUCCUGCUGAUGUCAUUCCUGGGCGUUGCCAUGUACUGCACAGACCGUCGGCGUCCACAGAGAGUGUGCGAGGAGCUGGAGGCAGCUUUGGCAGUCUACCUGCUGCACAUGAAACAGCUUCUGUGGGGCUGCUGGAUAUGGUUGACAAUGCAGUGACUGUUAUCAACCACAGGUGGAGACAUGGAGCCUCUUUUAAUUUAUUAUUAAUUUUUUGUUUUUUUUAGAUCCCUCUUUUUCCUAUCUUUGAAGGUGCCCGGGCCUACAAACACCUCAGCCAUUUGGCGAGGCUCUACACACUGUCUGUGGUUUUAUUCCACUCUCACCAUGAAAAAGGGAAAAUGUGUAAUCCCAGAAAUAUGUAGCUUCCAUGUCUGUAUGUAUAUAUGUACUAAGGUGGUGGGCAUGCCACUCCAUAUUUAAGUUGUAACGGCAUUUUGCACAUCUGCACCGUUGACGCUGACAUGUAACACUCGCAUAAUCUCCACAACAGUUCAUUUUUUUCUUCUAUUCAUGUCACAGUCUGCUGUCUGUGAGUGAAUGUUUCCGUGGAAUGCAAAUUUAUUUUGUUACGGUACAUGAUUUGUGUAUACCAGAUAUUACACGGAAAUGAAUGUGUAUAUAUGGCUCAAUAUACUAAGGACUAUCACAGUAUUUAGCCUUGUAAUUGCACAUAAAUGAAUGUAGAGAGGUCUGGGAAACGACUUUGAUUGGCACUUCUGAUUGGCACACUGAGACGAGGCAGACAGAAGCAUGAAUGUGUAAACUGUUUAAUGAUGGUCUGAAAAAAGAAAACACAGGGCCGCAUCACUUCACGGAAUGACUUGGACAUGAAAAACACCUUGUUCUUUUCCAACUGUCUGGUCGCCUGUCAGCUGAAUGCUAGUUUCACGGAGGAUAAUAAUCUGCAGCACAAUAUUACCUAUCAUGAAAGAGAAUAUACUCAAUCCAAACGAAUGCUUGUGCUUCUGACAGUGUUCCUCUUUAUAACCGCCUGAAUCCCACAAAAAUACUUUAUGCUAAAUGUUAUUUAUUCUUCUAUGUUGUAUAUCUGCUUCUACGCAACUAUCGGACUUCUGGUUAUAUGGAUUUUUUUUUACUUUUUGUUAUCUGUAGCAUUUAUAUUCAAAUGAAACAUUCAGGUUUUAAUUCUGAUGUCAAGUGUAUGGAAGUGCGUGGGUUGAACGGAUAUUUGCAAUACAUAACAGAA